ACUACCACAAAUUUUGAAACGUUUCUCCAAACCCUCAAAAUAAAAAUCCUCUCGGUGUUUGAACUUGUUAACCUUGUUGCCGAACAUCUCAACAAAUCACUGGAUCGAUACAGGAACCAUUCUCAAGACACAACAACGGCAGCAACAAAAACAUCAUCAUCUACCGCAGAUGCAGGCGAAACAUCAACGGCACUUUUAGCAAACGGUCAACCAAGCGACAUUAACGUAAAGAAAAACGAUGACUUCAACAAAGAGGCCGGAUACACUACCCCCGCCACCAACGAUAUCAAGAGUAGUUAUUUCCUUAAGCAUUCUUACGUUGGCAGCAUAGCGAAGAGGAAAGCCGGCGAUAUAUUCUGUGAUAAUCCAAAAUUUCCGGAUGCCUAUGCAUUGCCAACAAGUAAGAAGAUCAUAAACAAGAAAAUGAGGAGAAGAGAAAAAUUAAUUACUGAUGUCUUAAUUUUCGUUAUCAGUAUCUUAGCUGGAAUGCAGAUGACCACGUCGAUAUGCUAUACAUUUUUUCCUGAGAAUUUUCAGUGUUCAAAUAAUAUCGCAAAGGUCCCGAUUGAGCCUUUCAUCGAGGAACUCGGAGAUUUCCAAUUCAACCCGGGUCCCAAGAAAAAACUCGUUCUGGUCGGCGUGAUGACGAGUUCGCAGUAUUUCGAUACCCGAGACUGGGCCAUUCGAAUGACGUGGCUGAAAUCGAUCCCUGGCGACGUGGUCUUCUUCAUCGGCAACAGCACAGAUCCAGCCCCUCCCGGGAUGCCCUUAAUAAGGCUGAAUCGCGUACCAGACAACGUGUACCCACCACAGGGCAAAGUAUUUGAGAUGCUGAGGUACCUACACGAGAAUCAUGCGGAUAAAUACGAAUACUUCAUCCGUGCUGACGACGACGUGUUUAUAAAGGGCCAAGAACUGGGAAGUUUGCUCAAGUCCUUAAACAGUGAGGAGAAGAUCUACAUGGGCCAUUACGGUCAAGGGGUCCCUGAGGAGAUCGGAAAAUUAGGGAUUGGAAAAGACUAUUUGUACUGCAUAGGUGGCCCAGGUGUUAUAUUCAGUCACGUAGCACUAAAAAUAUUGGCCCCAAAUCUGGACAAUUGCAAAGGGGACACUGCCACGACCCAUGAGGACACUGAAUUGGGGAGGUGUGUGGAGAAUUAUCUCAAAACUGAAUGCAAAUCAAACAAAAAGGUGAGAGCCUUAUUCUACCAGAAUUACCGUGAAGUGAAGGGCACUUUUAACCAUGAACUAGGAAAGAAGGAAAGCCAUGCGUUCACGUUGCAUCCAGUGAAGAAUAGUAGUUUCGUAAUACGUUUGGCAUUGCAUUUCAAAGACGAUGAAAUUAAAUGGUUGAAAAGAAAAGCAGACACCUUGAGAAAUGAGCUGGAAAUGGUCAAGAGGGGAAUGACUUCAAAACAGCUGAAGCGUCUGUCAAUGCCUAUGAUGAAAUAUCUUCACAAUAUUGAAUAUUUUAAAAGAAAACAUGAACCGAAGAAGGCCUCUGUCAAAUUUUGGUAUGAUACUGGUGAUGACACAGCACAAUGGGAGCAUAUUGAAAUGGAGUCAAUUAUUCCAUGGCAAAUAUUCAUCAGGCACCAAACAGGAAGCGAGUGUGAAAAAACCUGA